CAUUUAUCCGAAGCCAUUUCUCUCUCACACCAGUUCCUGCUUCUCCUUUCUUGUGAAAACCACACAAGAGUUACCAACAGAUGCAAGUCUAAACCAUUGAAAUUCACUAAACUCCAUUGUUCUAGUUUUUCACUUUGUUAGUGUCAUCUGCAUUUGCUUUAGGAGUUGCUUCACCAAAAGGAAACACCUUCUUCUUGCUUUUCCUUUCCUGAUUGUAAAGAAUCUCUCUUGUCUAAUUUGGGACUUCACUGUUCACUUUCUUCAUCAGCUUGCUGUUGGAUUUGUUAUUUAUUUCUGCCAUCAUUUCAUUCUACUAUGAUCUCAAUUCCAGGUACGUCAUGAUUUUUCAAGAUUCCCCUCGAUUCUAAAGGGUAAAAGUUCAACUCUUGUAGAUUCUUCAGUUUAUGCUCUGACCGAAAGUAGAGUCUUGACUACACUUGAAGGAUUGUUAAUAUCUUGCCCCUUCAAUCAUAGUUGCGUGAGUUCUCUGUUGUUGCUGUUGUUCAUUUUUUUCCAGUUUCUCGUUCAUCUCGAGUGUAGGGGAAUUUUGUUGUAAGGUAUGGAAUUCGAGACCCCAUAUCCAACUUGUUUUGUGUCAAAUUCAAAUUGGUUUGUUCAAGAGGGUCACUACACAGAAUGGAGUAGAGAAGAGAAUAAGCAGUUUGAAAGUGCCCUUGCCAUAUAUGACAAGGAUACCCCUGACAGAUGGCUGAGGGUUGCGGCCAUGCUCCCGGGAAGAAGUGUCUAUGAUGUGAUAAAACAGUACAGGGAAUUGGAAGAAGAUGUCAGUGAAAUAGAAGCAGGAAGGAUUCCAAUUCCUGGAUAUCUUACCUCUUCUUUCUCAUUGGAGAUGGUUGACAACCAAUGUUAUGAUGCCUGCGGAAAGAAGUCUGCAACAGUCAGGAGUUCUGAUCAGGAGAAGAAGAAAGGGGUCCCUUGGACAGAAGAGGAACACAGACGUUUUUUGAUGGGACUUUUAAAGUAUGGUAAAGGGGACUGGAGAAAUAUUUCUCGCAAAUUUGUGAUCACAAAGACUCCCACUCAAGUGGCAAGCCAUGCUCAAAAGUAUUACAUAAGGCAAAAGCUUUCUGGAGGGAAAUACAAUAAGAGGAGGCCUAGUAUCCAUGACAUCACCAUUGUUAAUCUUACAUCACACCAAGAGAAGUUCAAUGAAUCUCACAUGCCCUCUGAGAAACCGAAGCUGAAUGGCAUGCCAAAAGUGCAGCUUGAAUGGAUAAAUCGCCACAACAAUAUUGGUUCACUUGUGGCUUUCAAUCCAAAUUAUGAUAUGUUGAUGUCACCUUCAUCUGGCAUCGUAUCUCCCAAGACCCUCAAAUUGCAAGGUCUGGAUUUCUAUGAAUGUGCUUUUCAUGAGACUUAUGCCAAGCUUAAAAAUCCGGGUUUCAACAAGGAAGCUAUUUUUGGUAUUCAUGCACUGUCGUGCCCGCUCUGAUCAUGUGAUGAACCACACACCAGUUCUGCUACAUAGAUAAUAUAUAGCCCUGCAUGAAUACAAGUAUAUGAACUAAGGGUACUUGUUUUAUGUUAUGAACAUAAAUAAUGUUUCAUUCCUUGAACUGUUUUGUAGUGAACCCUUUUCAAUGUUUCUUGUCUAUCUCACUCAGACAAUUAAGGUGUCUAUUUGUUUGUAUAGACUCAAUCUGCAUCAAUGUUUAUUGAAUUCCAUUAGAUCACAAGUGUGUAAAAGAUGAAGGUUUUAAAAUGUAAUUUAUUUUGGAAGCUUUUCAUUCCUGUCCAAUAUGCUAUAAAUUAAAGCACAUA